GCGGAGUUGCUCUGUGGUCUUUCGGUGGAAGUGCAGCGUCAAUAGUAGUUAAAAAAUUGGAUUGUAACAACACACCGCCUUCAGCCCGAUGGAAGCGGCAGUCAACCCGCCCCACGACAGCUCUCUGGUCGGGUUGUCCAGUGGCGACCAGCACUCCAGUUCGAGCAAACGCAUUCGUAAGCCCUCCCUGUUAUAUGAGGACUUUGAGAGCCCGUCUCUGCCGCACACAUUGCCACAGGGACCUCCUGCCCCACCACAGCCCCCAGUGAAGGAUCCCAGCCGGCCGGGCCGUAUGACCAACCAGCUGCAGUUUCUGCAGAGGACCCUGAUGAAGUGUCUGUGGAGGCAUAACUUUGCCUGGCCUUUCCACGAGCCUGUGGAUGCCUAUAGGCUCAACCUGCCGGAUUACCAUAAAAUCAUCAAACAACCUAUGGACAUGGGCACCAUCAAGAAGCGUUUGGAGAACAACUUCUACCGCUGUGCCAGUGAGUGCAUACAGGACUUCAACACAAUGUUCACCAACUGCUACAUCUACAACAAGCCAACAGAUGACAUUGUUCUGAUGGCCCAGUCCUUAGAGAAGAUCUUCCUCCAAAAGGUGGCCCAGAUGCCCCAGGACGAAAUUGAACUACCUCCUCCAGCUCCUCGAAACAAGAACAAUAGAGGAAGGGGUCGCAAAUCUUCAUCAAGGGCUCAGCAGGUGCCAGCAGUGUCCCAGUCAGCCUACUCCCCUUCUUCCUCAGAUACUGGGGAGUCAAUGCUUGCCAACUCUCCUCAGACUGUGCUGACCAAAAACCUGCCUCCUGCCAACAUCAUGGGCCUUCCCCCUACACAGCCAACAACCAAGAAAAAAGGUGUGAAACGCAAGGCUGACACCACCACCCCUUCCACCAUGGGUCUGACUGUGGGCAUAUCAGGACCAACGCACAUGGUGGGCUUGGGAAAAGGAGGCCAUGGAGGCCAAGUCCACGACCCCUCCGUGCAUAGCAUCACCUCCAUAGGGGGCAUGGGCCUGGACAGUCCUGGGAUGGGCCUGGUCAGGAGCCCUGGUGGUCCCGUCCUGCUUCAACCAAUGAUGGCAGGAACUGGACGCAGAGUAGGCAGCGGACGUCCCAUUAAACCCCCCAAAAAAGACUUACCUGACUCUGUACAGUCUCUGCCCUCGAGGAAAGGCAAACUGAGCCCUCAGCUGAGGUACUGCAGUGUGCUGCUCAAAGAAAUGUUGUCAAAGAAACAUGCUGCGUAUGCCUGGCCUUUCUACACUCCUGUGGAUGCUGUUGCACUAGGACUACAUGACUAUCAUGACAUUAUUAAGUGUCCCAUGGAUCUCAGCACAAUCAAGAGGAGGAUGGACUGUCGUGAAUAUAGGGAUGCACAGCAGUUUGCCAGUGAUGUCAGACUCAUGUUCUCUAACUGCUACAAGUACAACCCACCUGACCAUGAUGUUGUUGGCAUGGCCCGCAAGCUGCAGGAUGUUUUUGAGUUCCGUUUUGCAAAGAUGCCAGAUGAGCCCCAUUUGGAUCACACAUCCAUGUCAAUGAGCGGUCAUCCAACGUCGUCGUCCUCCUCUUCUUCAUCCUCCUCGUCCUCUUCUUCCUCCACAUCAGAAAGUGAGCCAAGCAGUGAGAGUGAAGAGAGUGAAAGCAGCCCCAACUCAGACAGUGAGGAGGAGCGAGCACAUCGUUUGGCUGAGUUACAGGAUCAGGUUUGCACACAGCUCAGAGCUGUGCAUGAACAGCUGGCUGCCCUCUCCCAAGGCCCCAUCGUCAAACCUAAGAAGAAGAAAGAGAAGAAGGAAAAAAGGGAGAAGAAGAAAAAGAAGAAGCUGGAGAAGCGGAGUCGAGGGGGCAGGAGCAGAGCUGGAUCUGAGGAAUGGAAAAUGCCCGGCAAGAUCUUGAAAACCAAGUCAGCCAGAGCAGGAGGAUCCCAGCCCAAGAAAAACCAGGGGAAGAAGAGUAACAAGAACAGCAAGUCCACAAAGAAGCCGUUCUACCCUCCACUGACGCCUACAAUGCUGCCACACUACGACUCAGAGGAGGAAGAGGAGAUCGUACCCAUGUCUUAUGAUGAGAAACGCCAGCUGAGCCUUGACAUUAACAAGCUCCCGGGAGAGAAGCUGGGUCGUGUGGUACACAUCAUUCAGUCCAGAGAGCCUUCACUAAGGGACACAAACCCUGAGGAAAUAGAGAUUGACUUUGAAACACUCAAGCCAUCAACUCUGAAAGAGCUGGAGCGCUACGUUAUGACCUGUCUGAGGAAGAAGCCUCGUAAGCCGUAUGCUGAACAAGGAAAGAAAAAUAGCAUUGGCAAAUCGAAAGAGGAGCUUACUCUGGAGAAGCGGAGGGAGCUCGAGAGGAGGCUUCAGGAUGUCAGCGGGCAACUCAAUUCUGUCAAGAAACCUACAAAACCUAAAGUGGAGAAGCCCAACGCUACAGAGACUCACACACAGCCCUCACGCCUCAGCGGCAGCAGCUCAAGCUCCGACUCUUCCUCCUCCUCCUCCUCAUCCUCGUCCUCAGACACCAGUGACUCAGACUCUGGUUGAGCUCCUUCCUGCGGCUUUGAGAGAAACACUCUAAUAACUCAGGGACUUGGGCUGGCCCAGGACACAGCACACCCUGAAACAGUAGUGGGCUGAGAAAUAAAAUACCAUGGCAGAAAAAAGAAACUCCAAGAGGACUCAUUAGUUUUGAAUGUGGGACUGAGGGAUGAGAAGCAACGUCUCCGUGGAUUACCCGAGAACCUAAACACUAAAUGCCUUGGUUUCCCCUCUCUUUCCCUUUGUAAAUACUUGUAAAAAAUUAAUGUUUCUUUUAUAAAGAAGAAUUUUAUGGUGAUCCCCAAAGAGGGAAGCAAAGUAAUAAAAAAAGAUGUGGAAAGAUGGGCCUUAUUCCAAAUCUGCUUUGGCUGGCCUUAAUGCUGCGUGGUGAGGGAAUGGAAGAGUUUAUUUAUUUGUUUUCUUCAGCUACAUUUCCUCUGAAAUUACUGGAAUUUAAACCAGCAACCUCAUGGUCACGAGCCUUUCUUUUCUAACAUCUGGCCUUCCGCUAUGCUUCAUUUUAGAUGAACACCCCAAAUCUAAGCCUUAAUCUAACCCUCGUGAACAAUCUCCACAACUGGAAAAUAGAAGUAUAUUCAAGCUCUGAAACUCAAAUGUUCACAUACAUUUUACUUUCUGCUAGUUUAGGUCAAAGUUCAAAGUUAGCUACAAUUUGUUUCUGGUUUAUCUCUUUUUUGUUUACAAUCUUUGUUGAUGCAGUUAAGUCUCAUUUAGACAUUUGAUUCAUGUUGCAGUCUGUUUAACAACAUAUAGUUGUUUUUACAGAGUAAAGUAGGUUCAUACAAUAGUACAGUAUAGAAAAAGUUAAUCAUGGUGUAAACAUGAAGUUUGCAUUUAAAGGACAUUCUGUUUUUGCAAUUAUUCUUGCCUGCACUUUUUCCCUUAAACGCCCACAAACUGUUUUUAAGACGGACAAGUCUUAAACAAAAGUCCUGUUGAAUUACUGUGUUCAGUAUUUUAAAUCCUGUUCCUUCUGUUCAGCGUGGAUAUUCCUCCCACAAUUCUCUGCAUUAAACUAAAGUGUGCAACUAAAAACUCACUCUACUGAAUGUUGUCCGAUUAAAGUGAUGGUUUAUAA